UGAAUUCUGCGAAGGAGGGUGUCAGAUCAUAUAGCUAUGAAGCAGUGUUAGAUGUAAUAAAAUUUGACACAAGAUAUGAGCUAACUGUUUCAAGGCUCCAUUUUAAAUUUUUUUUUUUAAAAAAGUAUAAAGAAAAAGAAACGAACAAAUAACCAAGUUAAACGAAAUUAGUAUGAAGUUAGUAUUAAUUGUCGUAAUUUGUAUAUCAACUUUCGAAGGGCAAAAUGGAUUAUCGAUUGGCACUAACUUGGACGGGACAAAGAAAACUGCGAUGGAUUACAUAGAAGAAGCAAAUGAGAGAUACAGUUAUUUAAAGAAAGAUGGCGAAGAGAUAUUUGAUACAGAUAUCAUACUGAGCUACAAAUCAAAGAUUGGUGGUGAUAAAUCAACUCACAAUGCUGCCAUCAAAUUUGCUGGUCGUCUUUGGCCAGGAGGUGUUAUUCCUUUCACAUUUGACAAAAGUAUUGACAGAUUAUCCCACGCGAAGACCAUCAUCAAAGAAGCCAUGAGGGAAUGGGAGAACAACACGUGUAUUCGAUUCUUAGACAGGACAAAUGAAGUUGACUUUGUUGAGUUUGCUAUCAACUUGGGAUGCAACGCAGAUGUCGGAAGAAGAGGUGGUAAACAAAUCAUUUCACUGGGUGAUGGCUGUUUACACAAAAGUGUUGUUGUACAUGAGAUUGGUCACGUGAUUGGAUUCUGGCACGAACAAAAUCGUCCAGAUAGGGAUGAUUUUGUUGAGAUCUACACAGAUAAUAUAAGGGACCAAUACAAGGAGGCCUUUGCCAAGUUUAGCAAAUACCGGAUCAACUCACGAGGAGUCCCAUAUGACUAUUAUUCUAUAAUGCAUUAUGGAAUAAAAGCAUUUUCAAAGAAUGGACAGCCCACAAUUUUACCAAAAAAUAAAGAAGUUGGAUCUUUAGGGAAUCAUCAACUGAGUGAUUUAGAUAUUAAGCAAACCAAUAAAUUAUACAAAUGUUCAGGACCUGACAAUAAUGUUACAUGGACGCGAUGGUCAUUCUGGUCAAACUGUGACAAAUCGUGUGCAGGUGGAAGGCAGGAGCGCACAAGAGUUUGUCGAAAAGUUGCAAAUGGUGUGCCACAGUGUAUAGGAGAUAGACUGCAAAAAAGAAUUUGUAAUCUACAGAAAUGCCCAGAGUGGCCAAAUUUUCCUGCUCAUUUUAGCUUCGAACAUUUAAGAACAGAUCGUGACAAGGAAGCUGAAUGCGUUCUAGUGUAUGAAAGAGCUGACUAUCAGGAAUGGAAUAGCUAUUCGUUUUGUAAUCGUGGUAAACGUAAAAUUCAAAUGCGUUGGUCAGAUGACGGUCCAAUAGCUGGACACAAGUGUACGCAAAUAUUUGAGCCGAACGAAAGCCAAAAAAACCGAUGGUACGAUAACUUCCUCUGCAUUCCAACUACCGCUCCGUACAAUUUCACCUGGUCUUUUGAUGGGAAAAAGGACAAUUUAGCAUGCAUUCAAUGGUACGCAAAACAAGGUCGAGAUGGAUGGGACAACAAUUUCUUAUGCGCAGAAGGCGCAGAUAUGGCGUCAAAUAUAUCAAAAAAUGUCACUCAUGGUAGCUGGGGCGGCUGGUCAAAUUGGACCACUUGUACUAAAGAAUGCGGAGGAGGAAGACAGAGAAGACUAAGACAAUGUAACUCCCCUGCGCCUAAAAAUGGUGGUAGGCCUUGCAUGGGAAGUGUUUUUGAAGAUCAAGCUUGUAACUCUCAAGCUUGUCCAACCUGUGGUGGUAUCUUGGCAGGCACAAAGGGUGAAUUUCACUCUCCUAAUUAUCCUUCCAACUAUCCUAAAGACAUUAAUUGUACUUGGCUUAUCGUUGGUAGCAAGAACAAAAAAGUGCAAUUGACGUUUGAAAGUUUCGACAUGGAAAAAUUUUUCGCUGGACCAUGCAAAUUUGACUACUUUCUUGUACGUGAAGGAGCUUACAAUGGCAAAGAACUGGGACGCUUUUGUGGAAAUGAGUUGCCAUUACCGAUUAUUUCGCUGGGAAACACACUGUGGGUAAACAUGAUAACAGAUCGCGAAGACGAGGGAGCAGGAUUUAGAGCGUCGUGGAAAGUGCAGGAGUCAAAACCAGAAGGUUGUGGAGGGUUAAUUACAGGCACAGAAGGAAAGUUUAGUAGCCCUAAUUUCCCAAGAGCGUAUCCCCCUGAAAAAUCAUGUAUCUGGAAGAUAGAAGUGCCUGUUGGUUACUACAUACAGAUGAAAUUUAUCAGAUUCGAUCUUGAAAGACAUGCCAUCUGUAAGUACGAUUCAGUUGAAGUGAAAGAUGGUUGGGAUCGCAUGUCACCACACCUUGGAAGGUAUUGUGGAUUGAAUCCAAUAAGAGGAACCUUAAAAACAAUAACAAAUCGAGCGUGGAUCAAAUUCCUCUCAGAUCAUUCAACCGAACGAAGUGGAUUUAAACUCUCUUGGAGGGCUUUUAAGAAAAAACCAAAAGAAAAGAACGAGAUACGUGAGAAGGAUAACAAAACGGGAAGAGUAUGUUCUGAUGGCUGGUCAUAUUUUGCAUACGACCUCGAAGGUGGAGCGUGUUAUAAAGUUAAGCGAAAUUAUUUCAACUGGUACGGAGCACGAGAUGAUUGUUUAUCCAACUCAGCAGAUUUAGUAAGCAUUACAACAAAAGCUGAACAAGACUUUGUGACACGUGAUCUACUACAAGGCAAUUAUAUGUGGCUGGGUAUGACAGACAAAGGAUCAGAGGGAAGAUGGGCGUGGAGUGAUAACACGACGGCAACUGCGUUUAACAACUGGGACAAUGGUGAUCCUAACAACGGAGGUAGACUACAAAACGAAGACUGUGCGCUGAUCAAGCCAGAUGGGAAGUGGAAUGACUAUCCAUGUGGAGACAGAUUCAACUACAUCUGCAAAAGCAAGCCACAUGAACCGUGGAAUGUUGGCGCAGCAAAAAAAAGAGUCCGUUGAUUAUUUUAAUACGUAAAUAAAGAAUGAUGAAUGCUGAUCUCUUGCAGUAGUUUAUUCACCAUGUUGUUCAAUUAUACAAAAAUGUUAGAUUCUGCUUGUUAACGAAGAUAGAACUAUUGCCUCUACGAUUAUCUCCGAAAUGCUCCAGAGAUGUCUGGUUUAUGCAAAACGGUUGUUUCCCUUUUUCACAUAUAGAGAUAUCUUUUGUAACAUAGCUAUAGAGAGAACAAUACUAUUAAGAACUUAUUUUGAGUUUGUAUGAAGGAAGUAGCCAGUAAUCGUGUGUUUUCUUUUCACUUUUAAUUUUCUAAUAAAAACAAAGCAUUUCUCACGAUCACUUUGCUAAUCUAAAUGACGUCACAAUCUUAGCCACUGUUUACCUAUAAAGAGUAAUAUAAACACCAUUGUUUGAGAGGUGUCAUCACGUUUAGUUAAGCUACUUUGAAUAUUUGCUCCACUCAAAAUAAUGAAAGGGGUCGUUAGGUGGGUUGUGUUGGAAGAGACGGGAAAAACGAAAUAUAUUUACAUGUUUGGCGGAAAUUUUCGUACUUUUUGAUGUAAGAUCCAUUCUUAUUGUCUUGUGACGAAAAUUACCUCAAACUUUCAACUGUCUUUUAUCAAAUUGAUGAAAGAAAAAAACAUUUCGAUUUGUAAUACUGCCAUAACCUUACUUUGUUGUGGCGACAUUUAUUUGGCAAAAGCCACAAAAUAGAUCCCUGAGGAAGUUUUUACCUAAUAAUUUGUCUCCAAUAAAAAGCAUUGCGAAAGGUAUUUUCAAUGUUUCACCUAAUGCUGUUUCCUUAUUUAAGUCUGGCUUAGUUUUGUUUUUUUAGUUGUUUUGUUGUUGCUUUUGUUGUUGUUGUUGUUUUUUAUAAGUAAUUUUCUUAGUGGGUGUUCCUCUUUUAUUCCUUUGUUUGUGUGGCUUAAGAAAGAUUUUUUUGUUUUUUAUUGUGUGUGUGUGACUUUUCAAAGAGAAAAAAGAUUAUUUAAGUUAGCUAUGCUCAAAACAAUUGCUAUCGAAUUUGUGAGAAGUAAACUAAUUAUCUUAUAGAUUGAUAAUAAUAUUGCUUAUCUUGUUAGCAAUACCUGUACAUUGUUGGUAAUUUUUUUAUAUAUUUUAAACAAAAAGUACACUUUUCCUUUACUAAUACCCGUAUUUUGUUUAAAAUGGUGACCUAAUCGCUACUUUGAUUUAUGAUGCACAAAAUAGCGAUGUCUGUCUCAAUUGGAAAUCUGGUGGCUUUUUUCCACGAGCAAAUUACUAGUCAUUUAUACUACUACACGUGGAAGUUAUUACAAGGCAUAUUUUUGUCCUUCUUUUUCAAUUACCUUAAGGGGAUUAAUUUUUGCAAAACCUAAUUUUCGCGUUUUAGCGAGAACUAAUUUUCAAAAGAUUGGAAAUUCCUAAUAUUUAGCGACAAUUAAAUUUCGCGAAUAACGUGAAAAAAUAAUUUAGCGUCAUUUUGUUUCUCAAUUUACACAGUUUUAUUAAGGGCCUUUUUGCAGAACGCCUUUAAAUUUAGACUGUUGAAGUUAAAAUUCACAUAUAAAUGAUAUGUAUUUCUAGGUAAAUAAAAAAAUAUCCAACUUUCAGGGAUUUUCGCGAAUUUUGCAAAAAGCGGAAACUAAUUUUCGCGAAAUUCGCGGAAAAUAAUUUUCGCGAAUCAAUUAUUUUUUGGCAGGUUUUUUUCACUUGAAACUCUUUUUUAGUAGUGACCAUCUUGCCAUUGUUCUUUUUAACUUGGCGGUCUGC